AGCUGAUCGACUACAUCCACAGACAGCGGCAGUGUAAGCUGAGCGUGCCCCUCAACGACAGGACAGCAGAGCUCAACAGCUACCCGCGAUUCAACGACUGGUUAGACAUCGUCAACGUGAGGAAAGAGGUUGUGCAGAGAAUUCCAGAGGAGCUAACCUUAGAUGCCUUACUAGAAAUGAAUGAGUCAAAGGUGAAGGAAACCAUGAAGAGAUGUGGUGCCAGGGAUGAGGAGUGCUCCAGGCUCAACGGGGCCCUCAGCUGCCUGAGGAAGGUGACGGAAUCAGGUGGGGAGCUGAGGGACGAUCUGCUGGUGCAUCUUCCCGAGAGCCAUCGGGAGAGCAGCUCCACGCCGCCGCCGGAGCCGCCCUGCUCCUCUGCGCCCCCGGGGACCGCCAGCCCUGCCCUGCACCCGGCCAGGGGCAGCAGCCAGGCCCGUUCUGCCUCCGUGUCCACAAUCCCAUCCUCGGACUCUGUUGCUUCGAGUCACGGACCCUCUAUCUAUGCAGAUAACCUCCUGGACCCCUUUGCCUUCCCCGUGCACAGCGGCAGGUUAACCCCAAGGACUCCUCACAGCAUCACCAUCACUCCACCAACCACUCCUCAAGCCAAGAGACGGCACAAGUUGAAGCCACCACGGACUCCUCCACCCCCUUGCCGGAAGGUGUUUCAGCUGCUACCUAAUUUUCCAACCCUCACAAGGAGCAAGUCCCAUGAAUCACAGCUGGGCAACAGGAUAGAUGAAAUUCCUCCAAUAAAGUUCGAGCUCUCGCAAGGAUCCCCCCAGAUGGUACGAAGAGACUUUGGCCUCGCCGUGACGCACAGGUUCUCUACAAAGUCUUGGUUAUCUCAGAUUUGCCAAGUCUGUCAGAAAAGCAUGAUGUUCGGGGUGAAGUGUAAGUACUGCAGGUUAAAAUGCCAUAACAAGUGCACUAAAGAGGCACCUGCGUGUAGAAUAUCCUUCCUUCCCAUAACAAAAAUCAGGAGGACAGAGUCUGUCCCUUCAGAUAUCAACAACCCAGUAGACAGGCCGACGGAGCCGCAGUUUGGAACUCUUCCCAAAGCACUAACUAAAAAGGAGCACCCCCCAGCAAUAAACCACCUGGACUCCAGCAGUAACCCCUCUUCCACGACCUCCUCCACGCCGUCUUCCCCAGCACCUUUUCAGUCUUCCAACCCUCCCAGUGCAACGCCUCCCCCGAACCCCUCUCCUAUGGGCCAGCGGGACGGACGCUUUAACUUCCCAGCUGCCUACUACAUUCAGCACAGACAACAAUUUAUCUUCCCAGAAAUUCCCAGUCCUGCACAAGUAGCACAGCAUCCAGAAAUAUCUGAAAACACUAAUGCUGCCGACGCGCCGGGCACGGAUGGAGCUCCUGGUGAAGCAGAGGUGGAAGAAGCAGAGACAAAUAAAUCAGAACCUGAAGAUGAUGAGGAUGAGGUGGAAGACUUGCCAAACAGACGGCCACACUUGCAAGGGAUGAUCUAUCGCAAACCCAGCCAGACCAGCGUCUACCUGCAAGAGUGGGACAUUCCCUUCGAACAGGUUGAGCUGGGGGACCCGAUCGGUCAGGGACGCUGGGGGAAGGUUUACAAGGGCAAGUGGCACGGAGAAGUGGCUAUCAGGCUGCUGGAGAUAGAUGGAAACAACCAGGACCAUCUCAAGCUCUUUAAAAAGGAGGUGAUGAACUAUAGGCAGACCCGACACGAGAACGUGGUACUUUUCAUGGGAGCGUGCAUGAACCCUCCUCAUUUAGCAAUCAUUACCAGCUUCUGCAAAGGAAGGACCCUGCACUCAUUUGUGAGGGACCCCAAGAUAUCCCUGGAUAUUAACAAAACCCGGCAGAUAGCCCAGGAGAUCAUUAAGGGCAUGGGCUAUCUUCAUGCAAAGGGGAUUGUACACAAGGACCUGAAAUCCAAGAAUGUUUUCUAUGACAACGGGAAAGUUGUCAUCACUGACUUCGGAUUAUUUGGAAUUUCGGGAGUGGUUCAGGAAGGAAGGAGAGAGAACGAAUUGAAGCUGCCUCAUGACUGGUUGUGUUACCUGGCCCCUGAAAUCGUUCGUGAGAUGGCCCCUGGGAAGGACGAAGACAAGCUGCCCUUCUCCAAAGCCGCCGACGUCUACGCGUUUGGGACUGUGUGGUACGAGCUCCAAGCAAGAGAAUGGCCCUUCAAAAACCAGCCUGCAGAGGCUCUUAUCUGGCAAAUCGGGAGUGGUGAAGGAAUGAAACAAGUCCUGUCAACAGUUAGUUUGGGGAAGGAAGUCAAUGAAAUUCUGUCAGCGUGCUGGUCGUUUGACCUUAGUGAGAGACCCAGCUUCACUGUCCUUAUGGAUAUGCUGGAAAAACUGCCAAAAUUGAAUCGUCGGCUCUCCCACCCAGGGCACUUCUGGAAAUCUGCAGAGUGA